CUCCGAACUAAGUAUACGCCUCAGUAUCGGUCACAGAGGGUACCUCUAUGAACGUGUAUACUUGGGGUCAGUGUGCAUACGCAGGUUGCGCGUGUAAACGUUCCUCUCUUGAAGUGAACCGUUUCUGUAGGAAGCAGGAUGGCACCAAGGUACGAGUUGGCUGUAGGCCUCAACAAAGGCCACAAGACUUCCAAAAUCAGAGUGGCGAAGAAUAAGUCAGAAAGGGAAAAAACUGUCGUUGUCCGGCCAGCCAGACUGAAGGGCCGUCAGACGAAACACACCAAGUUCGUUCGUGACUUGAUCCGCGAGGUAACCGGCCAUGCCCCGUACGAAAAGCGAGCCAUGGAGUUGCUUAAGGUUUCCAAGGAUAAGCGUGCUCUUAAGUUCUUAAAGAGGAGGCUGGGUACUCACAUCCGCGCUAAGAGGAAGCGCGAGGAACUUGGAAACAUUCUUGUCCAAAUGAGAAAGGCAGCCGCGCAUCAUUAGGUGCAACACCUAGCUAUAAGACUUUGUACCUUAAGCGAAUAAAGGGAUUUAGUAACAUAAGUAA